AAACAUCAUAAAGUGACUCCAUCUAUAACAGACGCACCGUCCAAUAUCGUCUAAGGCUGUUCCUAUUGCACCACGGUACCCCUCCAACUCAUAACGACUUCCUCCCAAACCAACCAACAGGCUCUUGAAUCCGGCUAGUAAUCAUGGGCGAAAGCGUGUGCCGUGAUGAGCCGAAGCACUACACAACGAGCGGCUCAUUCACCGAAAGCGUGCUAUCCGCCUGUCAGAAAGUGCAAGACUUGGUCAAAACAGCUGCGCCCAUCGUACUCGACGGCCGUUCGCUGGAUAUCAGCUCGGUCAUUGCCGUUGCUCGACACAACCAGCAUGCUGUCAUCACGGAGAGCAAGCAUGUGGUGCAAGCCAUGCAAGCCAGUGUCGAUAUCCUUGCCAAACGCAUUCAGGGCGGCGAGGUAGUGUACGGCGUCAACACUGGGUUUGGAGGCAGUGCUGACACGCGCACCCGUGAAUAUGCUGCCCUUCAAAAGGCUCUCAUCCAGAUGCAAACCUCGUGCAUCCUUCUUCCCCAAGAUCGGGUCCUUCAACCCACUCGCAUGGAUCUCGCUCGCAGCCACAGCAUGCCGGUGGCGCUGGUCCGAGCAGCCAUGUUGACCCGCUGUAACUCUCUCAUCCGCGGCCACUCUGCGGUGCGGCCACGGGUCGUAGAAAAUGCCCUGACUUUGCUGCAAAAUGGAAUGACACCAGUGGUACCCCUGCGUGGUAGUAUCUCCGCGUCUGGGGACCUGGCCCCGCUGUCAUAUAUCGCGGGCUUGCUGGAAGGGAACAGUGACAUUUCGGUGCAUGUUCAGCACGGCGCAUCUGAGCGCAUCAUCCGCGCGGAUCAGGCGCUCCAGGAAUUGGGACUGGAGCCGCUCGAUCUGGGGCCCAAGGAGGGUCUGGGGCUGUUGAACGGCACAGCCUUCAGCUCAGGCGCAGCUAGUCUUGUCCUCUUCGAGGCCAACCAGCUGAUCCUUCUGUCACAGCUGCUCACAGCCAUGGCCACGGAAGCGAUGGCCGGUCGUGCGCACAACUAUCAUCCUUUUAUUGCCGCUGCGCGACCACACCCCGGCCAGCUGGAAACGGCUGUCAAUAUCUUCACCUUUCUCAGUGACUCCUCGCUGGCGGUUCGGUCCGAAACCGAGGAAACAGGAGGGGAUGUCAAACUGGGCGAGCCCGAUGAAGCCGGUCACGUCGGCCUGAGCCAAGACCGAUACGCUCUGCGCACGGCGACCCAGUGGAUGGGCCCUCAGCUCGAAACCAUGGCGCUUGCUUCGCAGCAAGUCGGCGUUGAGCUCAACUCCACCACCGACAAUCCCUUGGUCAACCCCCUGGACGGGGAGGUCUACCACGGGGGUAAUUUCCAGGCCGCCUCUAUAACCUCCGCUAUGGAAAAGACCGCCAGCGCGCUCCAGAUGACGGGGAAGAUGGUCUUUGCGCAAUGCUCCGAGAUCUUGAACCCAGCACUCAGCCAUGGGCUGCCGCCGAAUCUCAGCAUUGGUGACCCAAGUCUGGACUACGCCUUCAAGGGACUAGAUAUCAACAUGGCCGCCUACGUGUCGGAGCUGGGUUACCUCAAUCACCCGGUCAGCAACCAUGUACAGUCGGCUGAGAUGCACAACCAGGGGCUGAACUCGCUUGCCUUGAUCGCCGCGCGUUACGCUACCGAGUCCGUCGAGGUGCUCUCCCUGAUGAUGGCCACCUACUUGUACAUCCUUUGCCAGGCAGUCGAUCUGCGCGUCCUGCAGGCUGAAUUUACCGCGCACGCCCGCGUCGAGGUCAACGCCCUCACCGCGGGUCUCUUCCCCACGGGCUAUCCAGCGCUCAAACUCGUGCAGUCUGCCAUCUGGGAUGACCUCAUGUUCCACUGGUCCCACGGCAGCACGAUGGACCUCCGCGACCGCGCCGUCUCCGCGGCCAACUCCUCUGUCGGCACUGUGCUCCGCCUCCUCCCGGUCGGCGAGAGUAGCAGUAGCAGCAGUGGACACAGCAAGUCGACCGUCGAUGUCCGGCAAUGGACCACCAGCGUGGCGGACACUCUCGAGCGUACCUACGACCGCUUGCGCACCCGCCAGGUCUCUCUCUCUCGGUCCGGCGAUCCAGCUGCUACGGCAACAACCGCCGGCUAUCUUUGCAAAACCUCGCGGAGACUGUAUCUCUUUGUCCGCGAGGAGCUGGGUGUGCCGCUACACCGGGGGUACGAUGAACACCCAACGGCCAACAGGGACGAUGGCAGUGAAGGCAAGUUAACCAUUGGAUCACAAGUCAGUAAGGUUUAUACCGCGCUGCGCGAAGGCCGGUUACGACAGGUCUUGUUGGACUCAUGGUAGGAUACAGGUGGAUGGCGAUCCUUUUAGACUUGUUGCUGGCGUUACCCAUCAAAGUAGGAGAAGAGUUAAAGGUGUUUUCCAAAGGCAAUAGGCUGAUGCUCGUGUUUGAUUGA